ACAUUACAUUGAGAGUUAUGAGGGUGGUCAUUGUCCUUAUUUGGAUCAGUGCGUUUUGCAUAACCAUGAUGAGGAUGAUGUAUUUUCUUGGUUGCAAGAGGAUUUUGCUAGACAUUAUGAGCAAAAUAAGGCACCGUACAUGAUGGCUUUUAAAUCGAAUUGGUUUCAAAUUAAAGAGCUGGAAAAUGGACUGGGCAAAUUUUUGGAUUGGGCGUCAUCAUUACCGGACGUAUGGAUGAUCACCACAACUCAAGCACUGACAUGGAUUACCGACCCAAAGCCCCUGAAAGUUAUCAAUGCCAAAUAUGAUGCAUGGGACUGUGAAAAGAAGCCAAACAACGUACAGAAACCGUGUAACCUUUCGAAUAAAUGCGCAUUGCCCUUCAAAACUCAAACCUCAAACGUUACCGACACGAGGUAUAUGGAAACGUGCAAAGACUGUCCGAAUCAAUAUCCGUGGUUGGGUGACGCUGAGGGCACUGGCAUUCUGGGCCGUGAUAAUUAUAUUUAUUCGGGUGCAUCGGCUACCGAUAUUGAUGUCGACGAGCCAGUUCGGAGGAAGUAGAGAGCACAACAAAUUUUAAUAAGACUUUAAAUUAUUUUUGUUUCGCUAAGCCUUUAUUUGUUUAAUAAAAGAAAAGUC